CUCCCUUGCCCCCAGGGGCCCUUCACCUAUAUAUCACCUCCCAACAGAACCCCGGGCAUCUCAGGUUAAUUUAAAAGACUGCUGUGCCCAGGUUUGGCUCUGGAUGUGGCACCAGGGACAGAGUGGAGUCAGGAGUUGGUCAUUGGGAACAUCGUGCACCAUUUGGCCAGUCCUUGGACAGAGGCAAGAAGGCAGGGCUUAGUGCCCUAGGAGUCUCACUCCUGGCAGCCAGACACACUGGAUCCCAGCUCUGGUGUUACUAGCUCCUUGGUAGUCAGGUCCAGCCCCUUGUAUUGCCCCGCCUCCUGUCCUAGAUGCACACUACCCUCCACUCUCCACACCAGAGGCUCGGACACACUACACCGGCCAUGUCCUCCCACACUCGUGUGGCCCUGGUGACUGGCUCAAACAAGGGUAUUGGCCUUGCCAUUGUACGGGAGCUGUGUCGGCAGUUCUCGGGGGAUGUGGUACUCACAGCCAGGGAUGUGGUUCGGGGACAGGCGGCAGUGAAGCAGCUGGAGGCAGAGGGCCUGAGCCCACGCUUCCACCAGCUGGACAUCAAUGACCUGCAGAGCAUCCGGGUCCUGCGUGACUUCCUGUGCAAGGAGUACGGGGGGCUGGACGUGCUGGUCAACAAUGCGGCCAUCACCCCCAGAACUCUAAGAGCUGCCAAUCCCACACCAUUUCAUACUCAGGCAGAAAUGAUGAUGAAAACCAACUUCGUGGGAACCCGAGAUGUGUGCACCGAGCUUCUGCCGCUAAUAAGACCCAAAGGCAGAGUGGUGAAUGUGUCUAGCACUGAGGGUGUCAGAGCCCUUAACGAGUGCAGCCCUGAAUUGCAGCAGAAGUUCAAGAGUGAGACCAUCACAGAGGAGGAGCUGGUGGGGCUCAUGAACAAGUUUGUGGAAGACACAAAGAACGGGGUGCACAGGAAGGAGGGAUGGAGUGAUUCGACCUACGGAGUGACAAAAAUUGGGGUCUCUGUGUUGUCCAGGAUCUACGCCAGGAAACUGAGUGAGCAGAGAGCAGGGGACAAGAUCCUCCUGAAUGCCUGCUGCCCAGGGUGGGUGAGAACUGACAUGGGGGGACCCAAAGCCCCCAAGAGCCCAGAGGAAGGAGCAGAGACCCCCGUGUACCUGGCCCUUUUGCCCUCAGAUGCAGAGGGGCCUCACGGUCAGUUUGUUUCUGACAAAAAAGUUGUAGAGUGGGGUGUUCUCCCUGAGAGCUUCCCCUGGGUCAAUGCAUAAUUUGUGUCCUGAUUUCCCCAAAAGGGUACUUACACUGUCAAUGUAUCCUGAUGCAAAAAUGAAAAAGAAAACAGAGAACCAAAUUGUCUCUAUUAAGUCCCCACUCACAGAGGGCUGCUCAUUCUGUGAAGGCUUAUGUGAUUACUUCUCUGACCCCAAGGAAGGGAAACAUGGAGUAGAUGACAAAUAAUGUAAACCAAUCAAGAGAUGAAUAAAUGGCUCUUCAUAAAGGUC